UAUUUUUAUGUGUUUGGAAUGCUGUCUUACUGAAAGAAUCACAUUUUAAUGGUCAUUUCUCAAUUUUGGGGCAUGUGACAGGGUCAUUUAUUAUAAUGGAAGUCUGUGGAAAAAGUAAUAGGAGUGUCUGACCAUAACUGAUAUUCAAAAUGGCCGUCGAAAAUUGUUAAAUUUCUGUAUAUGGAGAUACACAGGGGUGCUCAAAUGUAUUGAUCGUACUAGAAUACACCAAAAUGUAUCUAUGUUUACCAGAGGACGAUAAAAUGGACAUUUUUAUGAAACAUUACUAAAUAUCCGAAAUAGCGUUCAAGAUGGCUCCCAAACUGAGAUAUUACGGCUUUUAUCAAAAUGAAGAUAUAAGACGAAGUUAUAACACUGUGGAUUUGGAGAAAUACAGAGAAAAUGACGAGCAAAAACCCGUUAAUUGAAGGGGAGAUAACAACGAUGAAAACGUUUCAGGAUUAUAAUUCUCAGGCAGCUGCAUGUAUAACCAAAGUUAAACGGACGUUCUUCGUGACGUUCGCGCUGAUGUUUUUAACGUUAUCUGUUAUGUACGGCUCAACGGAACGUUUUUCUAACAAUUUUCAAGUUUUUAGGAAUGUGACAACGUUUAGAUACAAUGCAUCUAGAGUUUUGGAAAAUUCCAUAAUAUUACAUAAAAUGCUUAUAGAAAAAGAAACUAAUACAUCUAUUCCUAUUAAUCAAAAUGUAAAUACUCAAUUUCAAAACAAGUAUAAAAAUAUUAGUUCUAAAACGAUCAUCAAACCUAUCAAAAAUUCAAAAUAUUCUAGCAACGUUGCUAAUGUUAAAUCUCAGGGUGUUGCCAAAGUUAAAACUCAGGGUGUUGCAAAUGUUAAUUCUAAAAGCAUUGCCAAUGUUAAUUCUGAAAGUGUUACCAAGGAAAUUACAACAAGUGUUGCAAAGAAAGGACCUUUGGAAGGAUCUCCGGGGACAGGCAGUAAGGAAUUUCCGGGAAUGCCGGACCCGUGCGCUAAGCCCAGACGUAACACUGGCGUUGAGGAUAUACUUUGUAUGAAACGCCCAGAACUUUUACCAGAGUACAAAAACCCAUGUUGGAUGGAAGGCGGUGUGUUCCGUUGUUUACCGUACUUUCAUUUGAUAGGAAUAUGUAAGAGUGGAACAUCUGAUUUUUUCAAACGUCUUCUGCUGCACCCGGAUAUUAUUCCAAAUAAGGGAAUAUUCGGCAAGGAAAUAUGGUACUGGUCGUGGAAUCGUUUUGCUAUCAAAGAUCGAGGUGGAAGGUUCAAAAUGGGUAUGACCCUCAAAGAAUUCACACUAAAGUUUGAUACAACAAGUAUUCGUAAUGGGGUCGACAGCCAAGGACAUCACAAUAAAGUAACAGGUCAUGGUGAUCCAAUGGAUAUCUGGGAUAGAUUCAGAGAGGAAGCUACGCCCCAGAAUACCCCAGGGGCGGAAGAACUACUGUGGACAACGCCGUUUGCUGUUCGACAUAUCAACCCGAACGUAAAACUGUUGCUGAUGCUGCGUGACCCAAUUGAUAGGUUGUAUUCACAUUAUUUUCACAGUGGGAUGGGGACGUCGGCCAGAUCUUUCCAUGAUCACGUGGUGCAGUCUAUAGGCCUCUGGAACACUUGUUUAAAACAACAUUCAAUUCGACAUUGCAUUUAUUCACCUUCUAUGAAAAAGUCUUUACGAGCACCAAUUUAUACGAGUUUCUACAUUGUUCACUUGAAGGAGUGGCUUAAAGCGUUUCCAAGGGAACAGUUAUUCAUAUUUAGAAAUGAAGAUUACUCAGUCGAUAUCAAAGGGACGAUGAGACAGAUUUUGCAUUUUCUUGAUGUUCCCAUUCCCAGUGAAGCUAUUUUGGACAAGAUGAAGUCGCUGCCACAUUUCUAUGAAACAAAAAAGAAGAAACAAGCAGGACCUAUGAUGGCAGCAACAAAAACACUACUUAUAGAUCUCUACAGACCCUACACAGAAGAACUUGCUUCUUUCCUUAAAGAUGACAGAUUUUCAUUCAAAGAUCGCUCGUUCGCAAGAUAAUAUUUAAUAUAACAGAAUAGUGUUCUAGUUCCUUGCUGCUUACAGUUUUACUUCCUCUGCAUGGAACGUGUGCACUGAAAACAUGUUUAGGAAAAAAGUGCAUUUCGUUUGAAAGAACCUGCAGACAAGUAAAUUUACGAUUUCAUUAACAUUCCAUGGAAGGCAACUCUUGAAAUACAUUGUAUUCUUUAAACAUAAGUGAUUCCCCUUUGUAUGUCCCAUGUUAUAAAAUUGUUCUACUUGGUUGUGUUAAUAUAGAAAUUUUUUAUACCUAGUCAUGCAUAAUAAAGUGUUUUUUUUUUCCUAUGUUA